AACUGUAUUUUCAAUAAAAUCUCUAAUUAAUCAACUCUAAUUAACGCCUUAAUUAUUCAAAAUCAAGAUUAAAUAAAAAAAAAAGAAAGCAAACUUAGCUCAGCAUCGCCAUCGCCAUCGCCUUCACCAUCAUCAUCAUCAUCAUCUCCUCAACCUGCAUUGUAGGAGGCCAUCGCCCCCACCCCGCACACACUCCGUUCGUACUGAAUCAAAUCCCCUCACGAUUUUCAUUUUAUUCUCUCCCUCUUUUCCCAUCCUCGCCUAAUUUUGUUGGGAUAAUACAUUCGUAGCUUCAAGGCCUUUUUGCGGGGCAGUUUCUGUGAUUAUGGAUGGAUUAAGCCAAGAUGGCAACAGUGUGGAUUCUUUCUUACGGAACUACAAACUUGGGAAGACUCUUGGGAUUGGUUCAUUUGGCAAAGUUAAAAUUGCUGAACAUGCACUCACAGGGCACAAAGUUGCUGUCAAGAUUCUAAAUCGUAAGAAGAUAAAGAACAUGGACAUGGAAGAAAAAGUCCGAAGAGAAAUCAAAAUUUUGAGAUUGUUUAUGCAUCCCCACAUCAUACGUCUCUAUGAGGUCGUAGAGACAAAUUCGGACAUAUACGUUGUGAUGGAAUAUGUGAAGUCUGGUGAAUUGUUUGAUUAUAUUGUGGAGAAAGGCAGGUUACAUGAAGAGGAGGCACGCAUGUUCUUUCAACAGAUAAUAUCUGGAGUGGAAUACUGCCAUAGGAACAUGGUGGUUCAUCGAGAUCUGAAGCCAGAAAACUUGCUUUUGGAUUCUAAGCACAACGUAAAGAUUGCUGAUUUUGGUUUGAGUAACAUUAUGCGUGACGGUCAUUUUCUGAAGACCAGUUGUGGAAGCCCUAACUACGCUGCACCAGAGGUUAUAUCGGGUAAGCUAUAUGCGGGGCCUGAAGUGGAUGUAUGGAGCUGUGGUGUAAUUCUUUAUGCACUUCUUUGUGGCACCCUCCCAUUCGAUGACGAGAAUAUUCCAAACCUGUUUAAAAAAAUAAAGGGUGGAAUAUACACUCUUCCAAGCCAUUUAUCUGCUUGUGCAAGAGAUUUGAUUCCCAGGAUGCUUAUAGUUGAUCCCAUGAAACGAAUAAGUAUUCCAGAGAUCCGUGCCCAUCCUUGGUUCCAAGCUCAUCUCCCACGUUAUCUGGCUGUGCCACCACCAGAUACAACCCAACAAGCUAAAAAGAUUGAUGAAGAUAUUCUCCAAGAAGUGGUUAAGAUGGGAUUUGACAGGACUGCACUUGUUGAUUCCAUUCGAAACAGGGUCCAAAAUGAGGGUACUGUUUCAUACUAUCUGCUCCUAGACAAUCGAUUUCGUGUUGCCAAUGGCUACCUUGGAGCUGAGUUCCAAGAGACAGCGGAAUUCGGGUAUAACCACAGUCCAAGUGAGCCUGUAGCAUCUCCUGUUGGGGAACGGCUUCCUGGAGUUAUCGAUCACCAGCAAUUUGGAGCAAGGCAACUUCCAGCUGACAGGAAAUGGGCACUCGGACUCCAGUCUCGAGCCCAUCCCCGUGAGAUCAUGAUGGAAGUUCUCAAAGCGCUACUAGAACUGAAAGUUUACUGGAAAAAGAUUGGACAUUAUAGCAUGAAAUGCAGAUGGGCUCCCGGUGCUCCUGGCCACCAUGAAGGGGCACUUAACAGUUCCAUGCACGGCACCGAUUUUUUUGGAGAUGAGUCUGCCAUUACUGAGAACGAAGGAAGUAUUGGAACCCCAAAUGUUGUCAAGUUUGAAGUGCAGCUCUACAAAACUCGCGAAGACAAGUAUCUGCUCGACCUGCAGAGAGUUCAGGGGCCGCAGUUGCUCUUCCUCGAUCUUUGUGCAGCUUUUCUCGCCCAGCUUCGUGUACUUUGAAACCCGCAAACUCCUUUUGAUCAGUGUGGGGAGUUGGAACUUGAUGUUGUACAUAAUUCUUGCAAGCCAUGAGCCCAAUCUCCUUAAGAUGAGAGUUGGCUUCUGCUACGAGUUCUCUCUUCCCAUUUACUAACAGUAACUUUUUUCUUGAAUUCGAUCCUUCAAUUCUACAAGUAGUUAAUAUGAGCCCCCUUCUGUUGUUCUA